GAACCACACGUUUGUUCUCUCCAGCCCCCCAAAAUUAAUAAACAUCGCGCUUUUCCGGAGUUCGGAUUAAUUUGAACAAAUUUUGCCUUCGAGUCCCAUUUAAGGUGCAGCCGUCGAGCCGUACGGAAGCACGAUAGGCCUGGAAGUGAAACAGUGAUAAUAUCGGUCAAGUUAGCUUUUCUUUUCUUGUUGUAAGCGGGAACAAUGGAGCUGGAACACGAAACGGCCGAGUUGCUCUACAAGAUGGAGCGUAUCAAAGAAAUACGGUCGAAAGCAGUCCAGCUGGAGAAGCUGAAGGCCCGCCUCCUGCAGGAAGUGGAGGAGACCGAGAGCGAGGAGGAGAGGAUGAAGGAAUACCGCAAUGAAAUGGAUCUGCUGAAUCAGGAGAAGAUGGCACACGUGGAAGAACUGAGGCAGAUUCAUGCUGAUAUCAAUGCUAUUGAGAACGUGGUGAAACACGCUGAGCAGGACAGGAACCGGUCAUUUGAGUCAGCUUGCCAGGCUUACGAGGAAUACAUGAGCUUGAAGGGGGAGAUAGACGCCAUGAGGAAUGCCAUCGGACUGGAUACACUACCCAGUCUGAACCAAGAUGACGGGAGGCUCACCCCAAGUUAUUUCCGGAAGAGGAAGUCGGAGUGGCAGAAGGAGGAGCAGGCAGACGCGCCCCUUCCCACACCCCUCACCAUCCCCGCAACCACCAGUCCGACGUUCCAGCUGCCGUCGACGAGCCACAGUGAGGAAAGGCCUCCUUUCCGACAACAGCCCCCACCCAUGAAGAAUUGCCUGUCUUGCCAUCAACAGAUUCAUCGCAAUGCACCCAUCUGCCCCCUCUGCAAGGCCAAGAGUCGCUCUCGUAACCCCAAGAAACCAAAACGGAAGCAGGUCGCCAGUUAGACCACUGAGCAAUCCAGCUAUCAACCCAAAGGAUAGUUCAGAGAGUGGGUAGAUUGUCUCACACCUUGCACUCAGACUUUGGCAUCAAAGCCAGUCUGCUGUCACUCAGCAAUCGUGAAGUUUUCAGAUGUGGCAGUUUCUGUGGAAGAAACACAAUGUUGGCAAAUCUCAGCACAGUCAGCAAACUCAUGAGAUUUGUUCAUUUCACAUUAAAUCCUUUACAAGAUUGAUCAUUGCACUGCCUACAUUAUUCUGUAUUAUAUUGACCAUUCUACACUAAGAUGUGUAAUCAUUGAUAGGCUAAACUACUUAUUUUAAUUCCGUUUGAAAAGUGUUUUACUUGUGCAAUAUUACAAUGCAUGUGAUGUAGGGCUAGUCUCUUUGUGUCUGAUGUAUAAAUUAUUGAUGUCCUUGUUAGUUUCUAUGUAUAUUCGUCAUUGAAUUUAAGACUUUGACAAAUAUUACCUUUGGGAAAGUAAGGUUAGUAUUAAACUGGUUUUGUUAAUUUGUUGACAUCAAAUACAUUGUAUAAAUUCCACAAAAAAAAAGAAUAGAUGACAAUUAUUCUAUCCACAUUUAUGUUCGAUCAAAUAUAACUGAAAUUGCUUUGAAGUGCUGACUUGACUUUUCAUCUCUUAAUGUCUGUCUUCAGUAAUUUCUUUUUCUUUGUUCUUUCUUUUACGUAAUUUUUUAACCCAAGCCAUUAGAAGAGAACACCGAAGUUUUAGCUGCAACACCUUGAAUUCAGAGAACUAAUGAUAUUGUAAUUAAAGUUGAAAUACAUGUAUUGUUUUAAAGAUGUUAUAAAUGUCAGCAAAAUUGCAGAAGUCUUAAAAAUGAAAGUCAACUUUAAGUGGGCACUAAAAUGUAUAUUUGUGUAUAAUAGUUAAUUGGGUUCGUUGAUUUUUUUUAGAACUUGCGAUCACAAAAAUUUUGUAGAGCAUAUUUUUUUUGUGUAGUACAAAUCUGUCAUUUGCACCUGACCUGAAUAGCAUGUAAUUCUGACACAGGUGAUUUCUGCGUGUCACUGAAAUUGAUGUUUUCAUUUUCCAUUGUGGAACUUGGAGUAAUUUGAAUUGGACCUCAAACUUUUUGGCUCGGGGAGCCGUCGACGCCAACAGAGGGGCGCUAUUGCUGGGAACAGCAUGCGCCUCGUCUGGAUAGAAAUGUGACCUCGGUUUUUUUUUGGGGGGGGCAUAGUUUCCCGAUUUUGCUCGGUGCAAUUGUUUGAGCAAUAAAUCAGCAUGGCCUGUAAAUGGA